AUGAGUCCGAAAUCAUCCUACCUAACGGACCAUCACCGGGAAGACGUUCAACAACUGCAAAAAUACCUCCGCCAAGCACGAGCAGGCUUAUAUCUUCUUGUUGUCAUUGUCAUUGCAAACCUGGUCUUAUCGUACAGAUUAAUUGCUUUCCCCUGCACGCCUAAGCUUCGGGACUAUAGCCCUGAGGUUUGUGCUUCGAUUAUUCCACAGCCGCCGUUGGUGGGCGCACAUCAGCCAAUUCCAAAUGAAGAAGAUUGGCAGUCUCAUAAAAAUGAGAAAGCUGGCCUUGCUGUUCGAGCUACGGUUACUGAUAUCGCAUUGCCGGAGUCGAGUCAUGCAUCUGCCAUCACAGAAAUUGAAGAACGAGACCGCUAUCUUUGGUUUGUGGUUGCAAUGAUUGGGGUUACCCUUGUCAACCAGGCAAACUCUUGGUUAUCCAUUGUUAGCUCGUGUCGAGACUUUGACCAAAGCCAGACAAAUCAAUUCUCUUGCGUCUGUGGUGCAAUCGCUACAGCCGUCAUGUAUGGAGGUGCUAUAUACCAGUCUGGUGUACGUUUAGGACAUAUCCAGCAAUGGAUGAACAACAAUGGCGUCCAGAUUGGAGGGUGGAAGCGUGAUGAUGUUGAUUAUCAGCUUCUCCAAGAGCUUUCAGACAUCAUUGGUAUGCCAGUAGAGCAUCUUGGCUUUUAUAGUACUCCUUCAAUCGAUACUGGAGACAGCAAAAAUGCUACCAGCGCUCAGCGUCGGGAUGCCAGUGCUAGCAACUCGCGUCCAGUAUUUGGCUUCACCGAUCCCCGUGGUUACCCAAUGCACUUUACAUACUUGGGAAACACUACCGAAGGACCGUGGUUUAAGUUUGGUUUUGGCAACGGCAGUGCUCCGGUAGCAGAACAGGGAAAUAUAGAGAAUGAGAAAAGAUGGUAUGGCUCACAGUAUUUUACCUGGGGCGGGAUCGACUUUGCUGUAGAUUUCAAUACAGCCGAUGGAGGCAUUCUAUCUACAACCUAUGACUACAGACAACUUUACGACGAGGUCUCGUGCUACAUGAGCGGGUCCAUGCGUGCAGCUGGCCAUUGGUUUCAAGUAUACGAUAAUAAUAAUAAGGGAACCAUUACAGCUGGCCGUGUUGCACCUUUUAAUGGCGGUGAUCAUUGGAGUGGCAUUCCGCAGAUGACGAACGAGCCUCUGCCUCUAGCUGAAGAUCCACGCUGCCAUGUUUCCAGAAAGAAUAGAUAGAAUUUUAUUAAAUUAACAUGGCUGCUCAAGCCGGGCCAUUUAAAACAACAAAUCCCGACAAAAAUCACUGAUCUACUUGUAUAUAGCACUUGUAAAUACCGCUAC